CAUUUUAAUGGGCUUGAAUUUCAGUUCAUAAACACGCCCAGUACCGGAUCAAAAAAAAAAAAACACGCCAGCACUCUCCGCUCCGAUCGCAGCGGUCACCCCUCCGGGAAGCAAUCCAAAAAUGACGGAGCCACCACCCACUCCCUCUCUCUCUCCUCAAACCGACAAAAACAAAUCCCCAGAAAUCCCAAUUGAAAUCGUGAGCGACGAAGAAAUGGCCCUCAUCGAAGCUGCCCUGGCCGCCGCCGGCUCUUCUCAGCUCCGUAAAAAUGCGAGGUCUAUUACGUCCAUCACUCUGCUGGCGAAGCGGAGGUUGUCGACGGGGGAACAAGCCAGUUCGGCCGGCGGCGACAUCGAGGACGCCGGCGGCGGUUGUGGUUCCCGCAAGAGGAGCAGGGUUUUUGAGUCGUUAUUGCACCGGUUUAGGAGGAAGAGAGGCUUGUCCGUUACUGAUAUUACUUCCGCGGAAUGGUGUGAAAAGCAAAUGGAAUAUUAUCUACUGUUUGGCAGACCAAAAGUUUCUAAAGCUAUGAAAGCAGGUAUUGCUCGCCAUACAGUACUUGAGGAAGAGGUUGUAAAACGCGUAGAAGUUCGUCUCAAAACAGUCGAAGAUGAAUGGGCUGUAAAACUCAUGAAUUUCAUGGCCGGUGUAAAUCAAUUAUUGUUUGAGGGCUUAACACGCGAGUUACCUCUAAUAGGCUUUGUGGAAGGUGUCUGGAUGGUGGGAGUUGUUGAUGAAAUUCAGAUGCCUGCAAUUGAGACUGAAAAGAGUCCGACAUUAGUGGAAACAAAAACUCGUGUACAAGCAACCCUGCCUGCUGAACCACAGCAGAGAAAUGCGAGGCUGCAGUUAAUGUGCUACAAGUUUUUGUGGGACAAUUUGGUUGCUAAUGAAUUCCCCUCCAGAAAAUUUCUUGAUUUCUUUUCUUUGAACCCGCACUCCAAUUUAUCCGAGGAAGUCAUAGCACACAGUUGCAAGUCUGGAUUUGCUGCAGAGACUCUUGACGAUUUGAUGAGGUACUUCCAAAAUACUUGCAGCAUGCUCCCUCCAGCUCACGAUCAGCUAUUGUUGAGAUAUGAAUUGCAAGAAGACCAUUCGUUGCUCCAUGAAUUUGACUUCACGUAUGACCCUGAUUGGGUCAAGGGCCAGACUCAGUGUACUCUUGAGUUCUGGCAGGGAGAGAGGGAAGCCAGAUACACCGCCGAGGUGGAGAGAUGGAAAUGCAAGUACUGUCAGUUUGCGUCUGUGUGUCCAACAAACGCAGACUCCAAUCACUCCAUUAUCAAACCACUGCUGAGCAGUCCACUUAGUUCCCCUAAAUAAAGUUUUGGCCGGAAUAUAUCACAUUUCGGGACAGAAAUAAUAUGGAUAUUUAUCCAAGCUUCUUUCUAGCAUUGUUCAACAGCUGAAGGCCAUAUACGUGCCAAUUCCGAGGUUAUGUAGUACUUAUGCAUCGCGUUGUUGAUUCCUAUUUGUUGUACAGUAUCCAGGUCCACUUCAAUGAGCUUAGUGUAAUGUAUAAUUUAUAUAGAAGCCCCACAGUAGGCUCUGGUGUUUAUUUCAUCAUUGUAAUUUAACAUUAUUUCUGAUAUUGGAAUGAUAUCUAACCAUGUAUAAGUUUCUCUC